AUGAGCAUUCUCGUUCUCGAUGGCGGCAUGGGCACCACGCUCGAGGCUCUCGGCAUCGACGUGAGCACAUCCCCUCUGUGGGGCUGUGAGCUCGUCCACACCGACCCCGACUUUAUCAAGCGUGUGCACUCGGGCUACGCCACGGCUGGUGCCGACCUGAUCUCGACCGCGACGUACCAGCUCUCCGUCCCCGCGCUCGUUGGCAUCGGACACUCUGAAGACGCCGCUGCGUCCAUCCUCCGCAAGGCCGUGGCUGUCGCUGGCGCGUCGGCCGGUGAUGCCCAGCUGGUCGUCUCCCUUGGCCCCUUUGGAGCCCACCUCUUCCCAGGCCAGGAGUACACUGGCUUCUACCCGCCUCCUUACGGCCCUCAAGGCUACUCGGCCGACGGCCCCAGCACCAACUACACUGCGCCCGGCCCUGUUCUUGACGGCUACGAGGCCGCGCUGGCAGCGUACCACCUCGACCGUCUGCGUACGUACGCUAGCGACGAGGCCACUUGGAAGGCUGUGGGGUGGCUCGCAUUCGAGACUGUGCCCGUGCUCUCAGAGGUCCGCGGUAUCCGCCGUGCCGUCGCUCAGUUGUACACCGAGCUGAGCGCACGAUGGGGCGAGGCUGAGUGGUGGCGUAAGCCUUUCUGGAUCACCUCGGCGUUCCCGGAUGGCAAGCACGGCCAGCUCGAUGCCGCGGGUGAGCACGUGCCCGUGUCUGAGGUUAUCGGCGCCAUGCUCGGCCCCAUCUCGGGCAACGCUGUGGUCCCGAACGGUGUCGGUAUGAACUGCACCAACCCUUCGUUCCUUGCCGGUCUCGCGGCUCAGUUCACCGACGCGGCCGCGGCGCUCAAGCUGGAAACGGAGCCGCGCUUCGUGCUCUACCCGGACGGAGGCAGCGUGUACGACGUCGUGCACAGGUGCUGGUCGGACGCUGCUCGUGUUCCUCCAGCAGACUGGGCGGAGCAGACUGUCGCGGUCGCUCGCGGGGUGGUUACGGACAGUCCCGUCUGGGGUGGCGCCAUCGUUGGCGGCUGCUGCAAGUCGAGCUUUGACGAGGUGUCAGCACUGAGGGCGGUGGUGGGUGAGCGCAAGUAG